CUUACACGCUGGUGAGUGUUUCGUAACCGAGAGUAUCACUCACGCGCUGCGAUGGUGCGUAGGAUAUGAAGUAAGAGAUUUGGUCCAUAACCAAAAGAAGGUGCAAAGCGCAUCCGUUCGUUGCCGUUCCACUCCCUCAAAUCCAAUUCACUUCCCUUUCCCGGUGACGGUACUUUCAAUUCUCAUUUUCCCGUGAAAUUCUCCUUUUUCAGUUUGUAGAUUGAUGACAACUUGUCUGGUUUGGGCAUCAAGAACAAAAAGCGACAUUUGUAGUAUUUUGCUGGGAAGUAAUGGAAGCUCGUCCUGCUUUCUCAAUUGAAAGAUCAAGUUCCCAGCAACUGAAUAACAUAGGGAUGUCUGGAGCACUUCCUUCAUCGUUGUCUGUCCAUCCAACACCCCUAGAGGAGACAUACCCCAGAUUUUCUGAUUCGCAGCCGACUUAUGUGGAAAAAGAUCUUAAGACAAAAACUUUUAAUCAUUCAAGUCAUAUAAGUUCCAGUGGAGCAGUUGGGCAUAUGUUUUCAUCUUCCCCUGGAUACUCAACCGAUCUUCAUCACUCAUCCCUUUCACCUCAUGAAAAACACUCUAGAAGUGCUCAUUUUAUUUCACAGUCAUUGAGUAACAUGGCUUCCGUGCCAUUACCGUAUUCUUCAAAUAAUGGACCGGUACCUUCUACAACAUCAACUCAUUAUUCCAAUGGAAACAGUGCUUCAUGGCAUGCAGAUCCCCUGCCUAGUUUUCUUGAUUUCUCUGCAAAUGCCUCAAUUGAUAAUAACCAAGUAGAGAGUGGUGCCUGCAAUAUUAUGGCCACCGAGGAAUUUUCUAAGCGAAAUGAUUGGCAGGAGUGGGCUGACCAGCUAAUCAGUGAUGACGAUACUUUGACUUCUAAUUGGAAUGAUCUUCUUGCUGAUAAUAUUCAAGAUCUUGAGCCAAAGGCGGUGGAAUCCAUUUCAAAGUCAUCUUCACAAUUUCCAGCAGGACACCAAUCUCAAGACCACCAACAACUUCCUGCUCUAUCUGGAGAAAACCAUGUUGGCGUCGCUCCAUCUUCCUCAGCAAAUUCUGCAACCACCAAGCCACGGAUGCGUUGGACUCCUGAGCUUCACGAAGCAUUUGUGGAGGCUGUCAACCAACUUGGUGGGAGUGAAAGAGCUACCCCUAAGGGUGUGUUGAAGCUCAUGAAAGUUGAAGGAUUAACUAUAUAUCAUGUUAAAAGCCACUUACAGAAAUACAGGACAGCUAGAUAUAGACCAGAGUCAUCUGAAGGAGCUGGAGAGAAAAAAUUAAGCCCCAUUGAAGAUAUUUCAUCUCUAGAUUUGAAAACUGGUAUUGAGAUCACGGAAGCUCUACGACUGCAGAUGGAGGUCCAGAAACGGUUGCAUGAACAGCUUGAGAUUCAAAGAAAUCUACAGUUGCGAAUAGAAGAGCAAGGCAGGUAUCUCCAGAUGAUGUUUGAGAAGCAAUGCAAAUCUGGUGUUGAACCAUUUAAGGCAUCAUCGUCAGCCAUUGAGAAUCCAUCUGGAGUGUCUUCUGAUACCAUGAAAGACUCUCCUACCAAAAAUGAAUUGGAAGCAUCCAAAAUGGACCAUUGCAAGUCAGGACCUGAUCAAGCUAAUGGUAGUACCACGGUUGAGGAAAGCUCACUGGAAGCAGUUGAGAAGUUGGAUACCUCCAAAUCUCAACAAGCUUCUAAGGAUCUUGAGCAAAAUGAAAAUGAAGAUAGCCCUCAAGCCCCUAAGCGUCAAAGGACAGAUGAGUGAACCUUGUGAUCUUUCUGAAUCAGCAUUGAACCGACAACACAAUACUGAUUCAUUUGAGUUAUAAUUUUAGCAAGGAAGGCUUGAUUGAUUAAUGCCUAGAGCUCUAUAACUUAACGGGUUUCUCAUGUCCUGUUGUGUUCAAUGAGGGCUUGUAUGUUUACCUUUCAUUUAGUUUUAAGUCAGUUUUGACCAUGACAUUCUUCAACACCUUAUCUUAUUUGGUAUCCUGGUUAGGAUGAGAUUCUAGUGUACAGUGCAGAUAAUGGCUUCACCUUAUCUUAUUAGGACAAUAUCUUAUCAACAUCCUACGACCUAAAUUUCAAUGUGGUAUGUACUAGAUUUCUAAUAUGAACUGUCUGUUUUAACUGUAUCAAAAUAAAAAAAGGUACAAUUCUAGUUCUUAAGUUGUUUUUUCUCACCAAUUAUGGCGUGGAAGACAUACUUGUGUUUUGAA